UGUUGCAGACGAAUUCUUCCACAAUCUUCCAUCACUGCGUUCCACCGGAAUCCGGAAUCCAAGCGCGAGUUGCGAAUCUGAGGAAUGUCGAAAGCCCAUCUUGGACAACGAAUUCUAACCUAAGAGAAUAGUCGCUACUAUUUACAUCGAACGUGUCGCGACAUGGCCAAGGAACGUGGCGUCAUGAGGGUUCUUUGGAACAGCUUCGUGUCCUCGUUCAAGCCUCGCUUCGCUCGCCGCAAGCUGAUGGGCGAGGAUUACUACGGCACCAAGUACUACGAGGAGGAGAUUCGCUACUCCGCCCGGAAGAGACCGCCGCGGUACUUCGUGCCGGUGAACAAGGAAGACUUCGAGCAGGCGCUGCCCGCGGAAUGGGAGGCCUGGCUGAGAUACCGCAGGAAAGAGCCGCCAACGCGGGAAGAGAUAGACGCUAAUUACCGAUUGGCGGUGACCAAGAAGGAGAACGCCGCGAGGCUCACGGAGGAGAACCGCCCCAGGAGCGAAGACACCGGCAAUCUUCCCGCCACAUCUAGUACCCAGUCAGAGACUCCCGGAAACUUUCCGAUCUACGAAGAUUACCAAUCUUUCGGAAGUAAUUACAAACCAAAGGAUUCAUAUAAACACUAAAUAAUGUAAAUACCAUGUCUGUAUAGUAUAUUCCUAGAACAAAGUUGGUCUCUAUCUAUACAAUAAAUAGUUGGACAGGGUUUCUAAAUGGAAUAAUUGUUACAAAUUGACAAAAGUUGCUCGUACUUUCCAAAGUGGAUGACAGACCGGCAGGUUUCUAUAAAACUUUAGCGUUAAUGUAAAUACCAUGUCAGUAUAGUAAAGUAUAUUCUUAGAGCAAAUUUAUUAUAAUAAAUUUGUAUUAAUAAAAUGGCCAGAUACGGUCAAUAAAAAUCA